AAAACCGGUGGUCCACUCCGCGCAUUAAAAUGCACGCUUCUCCAGUCAUCCCAGCUAUUACUUCGCUCCACCUUCUGACCUGGCGCUCUGGUUCCCAUCCUCUCGCCCGAACACCGCCCCCCAGGAUGUAGGAUCCCCAUCCAGCUUCAGAUGCUGGCUCGAAGACAUAUAUUUUCUGUUUUUAUAACUAGAUACAUGAUACAGAAAUACGGGUUUCUAGCACGCCGCCAAAUGGUUCACGAUCUACUAACUUGGACUAAGUUAUGUGUUCGGGGGCGCUGCGCUCCUGACAUAAACACAAUGGCAAGCACCAACGGACUUCUUCCUGUGCAGAAGCCGGAGACCCGAGAGUUUGCACCCGGAAGUUAAUGUGGCUCUUCAUUGCUGCAGAGUGCUCGUCCCGGCAGAGAAGGCAAUAUGAACAAAUUAAUCUUCCCAGCUCGUAUCCUAAAGAGUUUAAGCACCAAUGCUGUAUUCUGGAGGAAGUAUGCAUCGCGUGAAUUGGGCAGAGCAAAAGCUGUGCCAGCAAUCUGUGCCCAUUUCACUCUGAAUUUAAACACUGUUGAGCAGAGAUGCGAAAGACAGCAGGUGCUAUCCGUGCUCCGGCAGAAGCCUCUCGUUAUAUUCGUAAGGCACAAAGGCUCAAAGAAGCGGAACAGGAAAAUGGUACAACAGGAGCUGGAGGAGGAUGAGGAGAGUGACGAUCCUGAGAAAAGCGAUUAUGAGACUGAAUCGGAGGAAGAGGAAGACGACGGCAUGCAGCCUAAAACUUACAAGGACCUCGAGAAAGUAGUGGCAUCUUUCAGGUUUGACCUCAUCAUGAAAGCUGGUCUGGACAUGGCCAGGAAUAAAGUGGAAGAUGCCUUCUAUGGCAACAAGCUGAGGCUGAAUGGAGAAAGGUUGCAGAAAAAGAGUAAAAUGGUGAAGGUGGGUGAUGUCCUCGAUCUCAUUAUUGGGGAUGAUAAAGAAGAGGAAGUGGCCACCGUGAUGAGGGUGGUGCUUCGAAACGUUGCUGAGGAAAUGACAGACACUGACAAAUACAGGGUAACUCUGAGACGCUGGAAAAGUCUAAAGCUGCCCAGAGCAGAAGUGUUCAAGUAAGGCAGUUCUGCUCUUGGCCCUUCGCUUGUGGCAUGCGAGUCACCAGUUUCAGGAAUUGGGCGUGAGAACUUCUAUUUUCUAAAAUUUCUCUGUGGCAACAUGAGGUGUUGGUGACUGUUUGCAUUUCUAUAAACGUGCCCAGAGUCGUCAUGAAAGUGCAACAUAAUGUGAGUUUUAUACGUCACUUCACGUGAAGAGCGUUCCCCAGAGCUUCCUGAGGGGAUAUAGGAGCAAGCGGAGGAUUUGGUAGUGGCAGUCGAGAGCUGAAUGAAGGAAAAGGAGACUUUGACAAGAGACUCUGUGGAGAGAGCAAGGCAGGGUUUGUUACAGAAAUCAAGUCUGUAUGGGAGAUGAGUUCAAAAGUUCAGCCUCGGUGAUGGUGGGGGGGGAUGGAGAAACAGCAAGGAUAACUAAGAAGAUACAAAAUUUGAGUCUGGGGGAAAACUCUCCCAGCAUUCUAGAACCCAAGAAGUUUGUAGACUUCAAUGAGAUCUCUCACUCCACUUAACUUGAGAUAAUACAGAUCUGACCUAAUUGCUCUCUCCACAUACUGCAAGCCAGAGCCAAUCUGAUGGUUCUUUGAAAUAUUCAAUUGGUAGUUACAUCUUUUUUAAUGGAAGGAGACUAAAACUGUGCACAACAUUCCUGAUGUGGUCUCAUUAGGAUUGCAAUCGAGUAUUCUUACUCAAAUCCUCCAAUAAUAAAGAUUUAACAUACUAUUUGUGUUUCUGGUGGUUUAUUAUAUCUUGCCCGUUGGUUUUCGAUGAUUUGUGUACAAGGGUGUAUACUUCCUUUGUGCAGUCUUUCACCAUUUAUAAAAACUGCUCUGUUUUGCACACCAAAGUGGAUGACUUCACAUCUUUCCACACUACAAAUGCCGUGUUUUCACCCUUGCAUUCAAUAUUUGUAUCUCCCGGAAGCCUCGUUCCAACCUCAAACCCUGUUUAUAAUCCCAGCUGUUAUCAUCAGCAAAGUUGGGAAAGUGACAUCAGAAUCAAGUUUAAUAUCACUGGCAUAUGUUGUGAAAUGUGUUGUUAAGCAGCGGCAGUACAU